UAUAUCAUUAAAAGUGAUCAUAUGUAAUUUUUAUAAAUGUGUAGCGUAUACUCAAAUUUAACACCGGGUGCUCAUGAUUAUUAUCUAAAAUUUUUAUUAGUUGGUGAUAGUGAUGUUGGUAAAUCAGAAAUAUUAAAUUAUCUUGAGGGAUAUUAUGAAAAUAAUAUAUUAGGUAUUUUAAUUAUUAAACUAUUAAUUUUUAAACCAUAUAUAGGAAUAAACUCUAAAACAUCAUUAUUUAACUUAGAUGGGAAAAAAAUUAAACUUCAAUUAUGGGAUACUUCUGGGCAAGGGAGAUUUUGUACAAUAAUACGUUCUUAUUCAAGAGGAGCACAUGGGGUUCUUUUGGUUUAUGACAUAACUAAUAAAUGGUCAUUCAAAGGGAUUGAUAGAUGGCUAAAAGAGAUUGAUAAUCAUAUUCCUGGAAUACCCAAGAUUUUAAUCGGCAAUAGACUCCACUUGGAAUACAAAAGAGAGGUGAGCCAGGAGACUGCCGAACUAUACGCCUCGAAGCAUAACAUGGAAUUUUUUGAGAUCAGUCCGCUGUGUAAUUUUAACGUGACUGAGUCGAUAAUGGAGCUUAUGGUUUUGGCUCUGCAUAGGAUAGGGAUGGAUAAAAUUUGGACCAAUAAAACCGUGAAAUCACUACAGGAGUUAUGUUUCAUAUCCCUGAUGGUUAGCGUCAAAUUUUUUCAGAUAAACCGUCUUUGCUUGCCUUCAAACCUGAAAUCCCAGCUCAAAACAUAUUACAUGACGAACCACAAAAAGAAAAAUGAGUUGCGAAACCUGCCUUCUUCCCUUAAACCCCUUAAUCAUCACUCCGAUCAUCACAAUUCUUCUAACCAUUCAUCGACUCCCGGUAAAAACUAUCAUCCCUUCAAUCCCAAGAGCUUGAGUCAUUCAUUUAAACGCACCACCAAUCUUUGGCUGGGAUCUUCUUCGUACAAAUUGCCUCGCUUCCUUCUCACCCCCUUUUUAGCGAUGUCAAGGGGCAAAGAUUCCGAUCAAAAAAAUGACAAAAAAAAGUGCGUAAAAUCGCUAAUUCCAAACGGUAAGGUUAAUAACGAUACCCUUAAAAAAGUUUCGUUACUCAACCCACUAUCCGCCUGGCUCUCAUCAACAACCGAUAGAAAAGUGGGAGUCAAAAGUUGCCAAAGCCUCAGUAUCAAUAACACCGAUUCAAUCGAUAACGCGAAUUCUAAGGCAACCUUCGAUAAAGAACGAGAUGCUAUGUCCGAGGAAGGAAUUAAUCAUUAUUUAAGAGCCAAAUUUGGGAAGCAUAAUGAUAAAUCAUUCUCUAACGGCACUCGAAAAUUUUCCAAUUUUUUUGGUAAGACCGCCCAUUCCUCGACUGUAUCUUGUUUCCCUUUCACUACCAAAAAAACAGCCUCUCGUUUAUUAAAAGAUGGGCAAUUUAGAGUUUAAUACUUUUUUCCAACUUAGCAAAACUGACCGCGAUAUAAUAAUAUUUCAAUAGCAAACAAUAAAUGAAUCUUAUUUUUUUUAUAAUUUUCUCCAUUUGCAACGCGUAAAAAAAUAAGUUUAAAUUUUGACAAUAGUGUUAAAUUAAUAAAAUAAUAAUAAUUUAGUAUUCAUUUAAUACCAAAGAUUUGUAAAUAAUUCAAUAAUAUAGCCUUUAAAAAAUAAUUUUAAGUUAUUUAAUAUUAAAUUAAGAAUAAGACUAUAUUUUUUUAUAAACAUGUAAAUUAUAUAUAUCUUAGCAUCAAUGUGUUUUAUCCGGCAAUGUGUUAUCUUUACAACUUUAGAUCAUUUGCGCCCUUUUUUUAUAUUUAAAAAUCGAUUUCACUGGAAAAAUAUUCUAUCUUGUUUGGAAUACCAAUCUUAUGAAUUGUAGACAAUUUUGCUGUUAACUUUUGAGUCAUUUAUAAUUUAUGUAAAAAAUAUAUGAAAAAUUCAAUAUAAAUUAUAUUAAGUUUAAAAGUUCAUGGAAAAAUUGUCUGAAAUUCAUAGGGUAGGUAUUCCAAACGUGACGGUAUACAUUUCCGGUAAAGUCAGAUUUUUAAAAACGCGCUCAAUAAAUGAUUUAAAUUUGAAAAAAUAACACAUUGCCGGAAAAUCACAUUGACGCUAACAUAUAAAUAAUUAAUAUUGUACCCAUGCCAUGCAAUAUAACAUUAAAGGUAUUAAAUGUAUAUAUCAUUCCAAUAUAAAUAUUAAUUUUUUUUAUCCAAUU